UUCGUUGUUUGGUGUUAUCGUUGCCUUCUACUCCGUCGAAUUUUAUAGGACCUAUUUUCCCUGUCAUUGUAACUGCAAUUUUUUCUCUUUUUUUGUAAUUCAGAGAGAUAGUCGGGAAAACAUGGAAGGGCUUAUCGUCAGUCGAGAUCGUGGCUUCCAGAAAGUAUUACAUGAGCCAUUAUCUUCGCAGAACUACUUCAUUGCACCAAAUCGCAUUUUUCAUCUGGAUUUGAAAGGUGCAGCACCAAAAAUGGAUUAUUUGUUGAAGCUUGUUCCAUUCAUCAAACAAAUUGGAGCAACAGGAAUAAUGAUCGAAUAUGAAGACAUGUUUCCAUUUACAGGUAAACUAAGCGGGGUAAAGGCUGGCAAUGCAUACACUCUGGAUGAGUUGCGUCGUUUUCUCCGUGCAAUUCAGACACAUGAUUUGGACAUUAUACCUCUUGUGCAAACAGUGGGUCAUCUGGAAUACAUUUUGAAAUACCCUAACUUCUCUAAAUAUCGCGAGGAGGAACGAUAUCCACAAGUGAUUUGCUUGACGGAUGAAGGAGCUGUUGAUUUAGUUCAGGAAGCGCUAAGACAAAUAUUGGAUUUGCAUAAAGAAUUUGCCAUGAAAUAUUUCCACAUUGGAGCAGAUGAGGUUUAUCAGAUCGGUCGAUGUGAGAAGGACAGAAGUUACAUGGUAAGCAAUAAUGUUGAUACCGAGUUCUUGCUGCUUAAACACAUAGCAAAAGUAGCGAAGUUUGUUAAGGCUCAAGUUCCAGAGAAAAAAGUGAAUGUAUUGAUUUGGCACGAUAUGCUAGUAAAUUUACAAACACAAAAUGUCUUGAAGCAUGGUUUGAGUGAUUUGGUCGAGCCAGUAGUAUGGAAUUACAUGGAAAAUUUGGAUGACCAAUUGUUGCCUGAUUUUUGGCAGCGAUUAUCUUCAAUGUUUUCAUACGUUUGGGGAGCCUCUGCUUACAAAGUUGAGUUUUCAAAAGUAUAG